UCAUUAUACAGUCCCCUAAGUUUACACGAUCCCGCAAAGUGAAUUAUUCACUGAAUAUCAACAAUGUCAAAGGAAACGGGAGGAGCGAAGAAGUAUGGACCUGCAAAUAAUCCAUACGAGUUCACAAUGCGAAAUUAUUUGGCAUAUCUCAAACCUGCAAGGCGAGCUGAAUUGAAAUUUAACGCCAGUUACUACAACGGAGUAACAUUCAUGUUGGCAGCCUCCUUUUUAUUAAUGGGAGGACUUUAUCCAAUACUAAGACUUCAUGAUCGUAUCAAUUUUGUAGAAAAAGCUUAUCAUGGUCACUACAGAGUGUUAAGAAGGGAAGACGCAGAUCCAAAACUGAAAGAGCUUGGAUAUUACAACUGAACUGUAACAGAAGAUUUGUACUCGGUGUUAAAAGAUUUUGAAUAAAUUUAUUGUCAAUAAGAGGA